GGCGAUCGUACGAUAACUGAUCGUUGAAAUUCUCUACAAGAGAGGCGAUUUUAUAGCCUACAGCUGCAGUUCACGAUUAGGUGUUGGCUCUCGAAAUCCCUCUGAUAUUGCGAAUUUUUUAAUACCAGUCCUGAUACGGACAUUUUCGUAACCCCUUGAUGUUUUUGUGUGUUGCGCCAGCGUUUACAUCAGAGGAAAAUGCAUCCGACAUUCAAGAUUGCGCCGAAUCUUCCCAACCAAUUUAGCCGGUAAUAAAACGGGUUCUCUUUUAUAUUUGGUCAAUCACCCCAGCUGAACUCUUUCAACUCGGAUGUAGAUUGAAUUGCACUUGGAGGGAAAUGCGGAAUUGCCAAAAGUCCAACAUCCAGAAACUGUGUGCAGUAUAUAAGACGACGUCAUUUGGACAAUCUUUCAGAAGACAUCGGUAGGGUAUCCAACUAGUGACACCACUGCUGAAGCUUUUUCGACGAGAAGAUGAAAAGAGUUUUACUUCUUUCUGUUUGGCUAAUGUUACAACUGAGUCGGUCCUUUAGUAGCGAAGAAGAUUUUUACAGACAAGAUUCAGACGAGUAUUUUGUCAAUGCGAUCGGAUUCUUGCCUUAUCCGUGGAACGCAUUUUACUAUCAGCCUAUAGCUCCAGUUCUAGAUUAUUCCAGCUCGUACGAAGGUCGAACUAUCAACAGGCAGCAGUCCAUUGCCAAUAAUGCUGUGUCAGCACCCAAUGAAAAUAACGAUCAGUCACCAGAAGGCCGUUUUUCCCUCGGUAGUUUGGGUACGUUCAAUACCGGUAUUUUCAAUAAUCGAUUUUUACCCGGAAGUAAAUGGAGACCCUUCGGCGGCCUCUCUAAUCGAAUUUCAAUUACCUACAACCCUAACAUGGAAAAUUCUUUCGAAACCUUUGAUUCCUGUACGUCACCGAGUCCCAGUGGUGAUGCGGGAAUCUGUGUACCAGGAUCCGUUUGUUCCCUUUUUAGUGGUCGGCCAAGCGGGUCUUGCCCCUUAGGCAAAAUUUGUUGCAUCAAUACGGUCAACAAAUGUGGUGGAGCUGUCACACUCAAUAACACGUAUUGGCAUUCUCCAACCACGCCCAUAUCUGAUUACUCAACUUGCGCACUGACCGUGAGAACAGAUUACAAGCUCGCGGAACAAAUGAAAAAGCCAAUUUGUCAAAUUCGUUUGGAUUUUGUAUCAUUCAAUACCGCCCAGCCGACAGCUGGAACGUGCACGGACACUUUUCAAGUUGGCGGGGCCACAACAGUGGCACCCAUUAUUUGUGGCGACAACACUGGACAGCACAUGUACCUCGACCUUCCAUCGUCGGCCCUUACUCCUAGCAAUGUCCAGCUCAUGUUCAGUUUUGGAGCUGUGACAGCCACCCGUUCAUGGAACAUCAAAAUUGCGAUGCUCCCCUGUGGCGCCUCCUACCUAGCUCCCGUGGAUUGUCUUCAGUAUUUCACUGAUCCUACUGGAAGAGUCACGUCUUUUAAUUGGCAAGACGUCGCUGUUAGCGCCACCCGUCAACUAAACAACCAACAUUACAACAUCUGCUUCAGAACUGAGCUUGUCUCAUUAAAGGUGAGACAGAGAGCGGCCCAGAUGUGCUUUUCAGUCUGCUCGGUCUCGAACGGGGACGCAUUUUCUAUUACUACACCCACCAGCACUGCAGCCGCUCUUGCCGCCAUUGCUGUUACUACAGCCACAGCAAAUCUCGCAGCUGCCCAAGCUCAGCUAGCUGUUACCCAGGCCGGUAUUAAUCCACUUUUACCAACGGCAGCCCAGUACCUGGCCGUUAUCAAUGCAAACACCGCCGUGAGAGACAGUCAAGCCGCCCUUUCAGCCGCCCAAACUACUUUCGCUACAGCGACUGCUACGGCCGCUUCUCUCUCUGGUGUGGGCAUAAGUGCCCCGGUGAAUGGAGUUAACAUGGCCACCUGCCUUUAUGAUUUUCUUGUCAUCGCCGGUGCCAGAGACGCUGCUAAUGAUGAAGCCGAUCGUUACUGUGGGAACGCCCUGAAUCCAGCCGCUAACCCUUUGCCGACAAACGUCCAAGUUUGUACUUUGAUUAAGCCGUUCAAGAUCAGUUACGGGACGGAUGGGACGGAAGGCGCGGUGGUUACCGGAACGAAUAUUCUUCCGGCACCAGCUGAUACACACAACACUGGAUUCUGCUUGGAUUAUCAAGAGAAGUAGACUGUCGACAGUGAUACGAUUUCAUUUUGGUCUUUAUAACUUGAUACAGUAAUUAAUAUUUAUCUGUUAUUGACAAGACGAUUCCAAAGAGGUUCUGGUUUUUUGUCUUAAUUUCGUAGUGGAUGUGAUCUGAUUACCACCAUUCGUACUUUUGGUCGACUUUGAAUAAGCAACAUUUGAGAUUUGGAUAGGACUAUUAUGUUUUCCAUAUUGUUCUAUCCGUUUCUGUCUUGUUAAACUUUUGUUUACGUAAAACACCAAAUAACCGUGCGACCUAGUUGCUUUAAUACUUUAAUGCAUGAAAUGUUAGCUAGUUGUUUUUUUUUCGAAUUUCAGUGCCGCAAAAAAUAAAUCAAAUAAAAUGCG